AUGAACUUAAACAAGAUACCUCAUAAUGGUAGGGUGGCUGUAAUAGGUGGUGGAAUAUCUGGAUUGUCGUUUAGUUAUUUUUUGAAUAAAUUAAGGCCUGAUAUAAAGAUCAAUAUAUUUGAAUCUCAAAACCAACCUGGGGGAUGGAUCAAAUCGGAGUACUUGCAAUUGAAAAAUGAAAAGCAAAAGGUUUUGUUGGAGAAGGGACCUAGAACAUUGAGAGGAGUUAGCGAUGGGUCAUUAUUAAUUAUAGAUGUUCUACGGAACUUGAAUCAAUCAAGUAAAAUAGAAGUAAUGGCUCAUGAUUCGAUUGCAAACAGAAAAUACCUAUUAUCCAGAGAAAACAUCUUAGUUCAAGUCCCGAAUUCGAUCAAGUCUUUUGGUAAGUUUCUAAGCAGCGGUAUUGUUAAUGGUAUCUUGAAAGGAAUGCUUCUAGAGCCAUUUGCCAAGGGUAGAAUAUCACCAAAUGAGGACGAGAGUGUCGAAAGUUUUAUUACUAGGAGGUUCGGAAGUAGUAAGUUAUCCGACAAUAUUCUCAGCGGUGUUUUGCAUGGUAUUUAUGCUGGAGAUAUUUCUAAGCUUAGUGUCCGCUCGGUUUUACCUAGUUUAGUUAGUCUUGAAACUGAAAAUGGAUCAAUAAUUAAAGGUAUGAUUAAGAAAAUAAGAGAAACUCCUCCAACAAAAGAGCUAUCCGCUUCAUUAGCAAGUUAUCAGGACAAGAUAUCAAGCAAUAGUAAUUUAUUAGAAUUAGCCUCAACUUUAAAAAAGUAUCCUAUGGUUAGAUUGAAAGAUGGCUUACAGACGCUUCCAACAAGCAUGGCAAAGUAUUUAGAACUGCAGCCGAACGUGGAAAUUUUUUACAAUUCUGAAAUUCAAGAAAUUAAUGCUAAGACACCCCACAUCGUUGUAAAUAAUCAGGUACAAAAGUACGACCACAUCAGAUCAACUAUCAACACCAAUACAUUGAGCAAAUUAAUUACGAAUGAUGAAAUUAAGGCGGUUUUACCAUUAGAAUAUGUAUCUAUAUUUUUAGUGAAUAUUUACUGCCGCAAGCCUAUAUUGAUACCUUCCGACAAGAAUGGAUUUGGCUUCCUUGUCCCAAAAGUUAAUCAAAAUCACGAAAGCUUACUAGGAAUAAUGUAUGAUUCAGACAUAGAACGUCAUGUUAAACCAUUAUAUCUGAAUGAGAAAAUCUCGACUGACAAUUAUAAUAAAAUAACCUUAAUGAUGGGAGGUCACUACUACAACAAGAUAGGGAUUCCCUCAAACAACCUUAACGUUAAAGCAAUCAAAAAUGUAUUGUCAUCAAUCUUAAAUACUAGCCUAAAGGACCACAACUUAAUAUUCAGAAACGAGGCUCAAAUGACCGAUAAGUCACUUUCUCUCGAAGAAAAUGAUAUUAUGAUUUCGUAUAAUUUACACCGAGACUGUAUCCCCCAGUACAAUGUUGGUUACGAGAAACAAAAACAAAAAUUGUAUGAAAUUAUGAACCAGCAGUGUAACGGUAAAUUCUCGCUAGGUGGAAUGGGCUUCGCCGCAGGUAUGGGAGUACCCGAUUGCGUAAUGAAUGGAUUAGUUGAUUCCUUAGAAAUCGCCUAG